GACCUCAAAGUACAUGUCUCCUGCGAAGUAUACACGAUUCUGACGAGGAUUUGGGACCCUGCAGCGCUUUUCAACCUUACCAAGUACACCAGGCAGGGCCUCCAAGAUGUACUUCAACGUGAGUACCUUCUCUAUCGUUCUCUCUGGCUCCCUGCAGCUGAAACGUGUUCUGGGCCACUAACGUCCUUGCAGGUUACCAUGAAGCCCGGUGCCCCCGAUGAGGCCCUCGCCAAGGCAAAGGAAUCAGCCAAGAAGACUGGCGGCACCAUCCGUCACGAGUACAAGCUGAUUAGAGGAUUCACUGUGGAGUACCCUAAUGACCACAACCUUGAUGACGUCCUCAAGUCCAACGACCACAUCCACGUUGAGCAGGAUGGCCCUGGGCCAGCUAAGAAGGUCACUGCUACUUCGACUAUCUGA